GUGGUGCAAGUAGAUGAUUCAUCAUUGACAAACUUUCAUUUCUUCGUGUACAGUAGUCAAAAAAUCACAAUAUUGAAUAAUUAAUUAAUUCAAAUACCAUUAGAUUUUUAAAAUUAUACGUAAAAAAGUCAGCUAACCCCAAAAAUGUUGUGAAUUUAAUCAAUAGUGAGUGCUAAGUGCUGCUCUCUUUCCUUCCAAUUGAAAGGUUAUAUUAGACAAGGGCAAUUUUCACUCCAAAAAUGGAUGUAUUAAAUAAACUUCGAAAUACUGUGAGCAAUACAAUCAGUAACACAGUUAAUAGUACUGCUUAUGGAUUAUCUCAGUUAUCUAAUGUUUUACCUGGCAAUGCUGUUACGAGAGAGUUUGAAAUAACAGCUCAUAUAGCCAGUGCAGGUCCUGGACUUCUUUGGAAAGUUUAUAGUGGAUAUAAAAAAUCCACUAAACAAUCUGCUGCAAUAUUUGUUUUUGAAAAAAGAUUGCUUGAUAGGUGGUCGAAUAAAUCUGAAAGAGAAGCUGUUUUGGAAGCAUUAAAAAGAGGUGUAACUCAGCUCACUAAACUACGACAUCCACAAAUAUUAACAGUUCAACAUCCCCUUGAAGAAUCACGAGACAGUCUUGCAUUUGCUACAGAACCAGUGUUUUCCAGUUUGGCUAAUGUUCUUGGCAACCUUGAAAACGUUCCUCAACCUAUUCCAAAAAUUUUGAAAGACUAUAAGUUGCUUGAUGUGGAGAUUAGAUAUGGCUUACUCCAACUUGGAGAAGGGCUUGAGUUUCUUCAUAAUGAUGUCAAGCUUUUACAUAGAAAUAUUUGCCCCGAGUCUAUUAUCAUUAACAAGAAUGGAGCUUGGAAAAUAUGUGGUUUUGAUUUCUGUGCUUUGAAUCAAAAUCCACACGAUAAAGAGCCAUCCUGGUCAUACACAGAGUAUGACCCAAGUAUUCCAUCAGUAGGCCAACCUCACCUUGAUUAUCAAGCACCAGAAUGUAUUGUAGCGGGAAGUUGUAAUCCUUCAAGUGAUAUAUUUUCAUUAGGAAUGCUUAGUUACGUUCUCUACUCACCGGGGAAUCGUCCUAUCCACGAAAGUCAUGGAGAUGCAUCUAAAUGUCGUCGGUUUUUAACUGACUUUAAAUCAUCAAUGCUUACUUCAAAACUUAAUCCAAUUCCAGAAGGAUUUCGUGACACUGUUAAAUUGAUGUUAAGCAACAAUCCGGAAUUAAGGCCUGAUGCUUCUCAAUUUAUAAAAAUAGAAUACUUUAUGGACAUUGGUGUCAAGACUUUGAAUUAUUUAGAUAAAUUAUUCCAAUGGGAUAAUUUGCAGAAAUCUCAAUUUUAUAAAGGAUUACCUAAAGUUAUGAUGCAGUUACCUCAUCGAGUGGUACUUCAUCGAGUUCUCCCAUGUCUCUACAAAGAAUUUGUCAAUGCUCCAAUGAUUCCAUUUGUCCUACCAAGUAUUUUACAAGUUGUAGAAGCAUGCACUGUGGAAGAAUUUUCAGAAAAUAUUUUGCCAAAUUUAAAACCAGUUCUUGCAAUGGAAGAACCACCACAAAUAAGUCUUGUAUUAAUGCAACGUAUUGACUUACUUCUGAAAUUAUGCUCAGCUGAUGUCAUAAAAACAGAUAUUGUGCCAAUGCUUACUAGGGCAUUAGAUUCACGUAUGGAACAACUUCAAGAACUUUGUCUUGCUGCAUUGCCAUCGAUCGCUAUGCUAAUAGAGAGUCCAAUCAUGAAAAAUGCUAUUCUUCCAAGGAUAAAAAAAAUUUGCCUUAAAGGUCCAGGAAAUACAAGUAGUCUCAGUGUACGUGUUAAUUGUCUUCUCUGUCUAGCUAAGAUGCUGGAACAUCUAGAUCGGUGGCUAGUACUUGAUCAAAUCUUACCUCUUCUCCAAGAAAUUCCUCAUGCUGGCGAACCGGCCAUUUUAAUGGCUAUCAUUGGAAUUUAUAAAAUGGUAUUAACCCAUAGUAAAUUAGGAAUCAGUAAAGAAAUACUAGCAACAAAAGUAUUACCAUUUUUAUUGCCUUUGUGCAUUGAACAAAACUUGAGUCCAUCUCAGUUUGAAACCUUAGCUUCUUUAGUAAAUCAUAUGGUAAACCGAGUAACAUCAGAACAUCGAGAAGCCUUACGACAGCUUGAUGCAGUUCGCCGUGAAGCACAGCAACUUGACGAUGCGUUGAAAGAAACAACAAACUCGUCAGCGGUUGAUGUUCUAAAUGAUGUCUUUCCAAGGAAUGAUUCAUCGUCUUCUUUAGCAUGUACGCCAGUCAGAGACAGCAAAGGAUUAACAUUAGAAGAAAAACAUCGGCUAGCACAACAGCAAGAAACAAGUCAUCGUUUGCAAAAGCAACCUAUGUUGACUCCAAAAGCUGUGCCGACACCGAAAAAAAUAGAACCUACUGAUCUAACCAACACUUUGUUGGAAAAUAAUUUAAGUCAGUUAAAUUUAUCGGCAACUAAAGCCACUCCCAAUUAUUCCAACUUAACAUGGAAUACUAAUGUAAAUCAAAGUCAGUGGAAAAAUGUUAAUUCGUCGUCACCAAUGUCAUUAACAAAAUCACCAUCGAAUACCGCGAUGAAUUGGAAUACAAAUGGAAUAAAUUCACCAAUCAAUUGUGUACCUCAAAUGACUUCACCGAUCAAUCAAAUGCCUAAUUGGAACAAUACAAAACCGUUAAAUGUAAUGAAUCAAAAUAAUGGAGGAACUUUUGGGAUGGGCAAUUUAAAUGCUACACUGAUGCCAAUGAAUUUAGAUUCAUCGAUGAAUAAUCAACAGAAAAAACCUGCUAGUCUGUCUACUCAAGACAUCAUUGAUUUUCUUAGCUAAUAAAAAACAGCAUUAAUUUUUAUUGUUUACUUGAAUUUAUUUUAAGCGAUCAACAUACUGUCUACGAUCAUCAUUAAUCUCGAAAAAUUAUAUUUCAAUAAUUAUUCACUAUCAAUCUAUUUUAAUGCAAUCACUAAAUUUGUACAUAGAUGAUAAAAAGAACGUUAUAAAAA